UGACGAGCCGUGUCCAUUUCCAACACCCCCUCAUGGUCAAAUUCGCUAAAAAGCUCGAAAGCAUCGCCAAGGAGGUGGCUUACAACAGUCACGUGCUGGCCUACAAGUCGUUGAAGAAGCGGCUGGAGCAGCUUAUUGCCGACGGCGUGAAGGACAAGGAGUUGGUCGCCGAUACCGUUCUGCAGCUCGUGCGCCAGGAAUUGCGAAAGGUAAACCGCUACACCGAGGUGCAACUGCAGAUAUGGCUCCAGGAGACCCGCGAACUGUUCCUGCAAAUCACCGGCGAGCAAGCAGCCUCGCCAACCAGUCCGGUGCGCCAAGUGCGAUUCGACAGUACCGGAGAGCAAACAGAAGAGCUUUUGCGCAACCUGGGGCAGCGCCUCGUCGACUUGGAUUGCUACCGGCGGAUCAAUUAUACGGGUUUCCGGAAAAUUUUGAAAAAGCUGCAGAAGAAAUCCGAAGUGAGUGUUGCGGAUUUUGAAAAACAAGAUCUCAACCGCUCUUCCUUCCUCGUCGCGGAUCUAGAUUGGCUGCUCGCCGCGCUCGCACUUCUAUGGUCGAGACUGAACCUUCGGAGAGGCAGCUUCUUACCCCCCUCCAGCAGAGAAAUUCAACAUCGUCCUGCGUUCCAAAAGACGUCGUCGUCGUCGUGGUAUGCGUUUGAAGAGACCGAGCGGGUUCCGUUCCUGACGGACUUGGCGAAGCACUUUCCGUGCUGGUCGUCCCCUCCGGGGGACGUAAUCCAGGCGAAUGUCCUAACCCCUUGCACCAUUCCGGACACGGAGGCGAUUUCUUUUCGCGUCUGGCUGUGGGAAGCGACCGGGGAGGACUUUGCUGUGCGAUGGGAGCAGGAGCAAAUUGUCGGAGACGAAAGCAACUACUGCAGUUUUGCCAGCGUGAAAACGUUUAGCGUCUCAUCUGCCUCGCGGCAGAAUGGGACUACAUCAAAUCAACCUGCGGGGGCAACCUCAUCCACAGCACCAGCCAAAUCAGAUGCUGGAGAACUCGUCUACUCCCGCGAAGCUUUUCUUACCGCCCAAAACCCUUUUGCGAGUAGGAAGUGUUGCUUUGCGAGGUCCCUGGUUCUGUACCUGAGGAAAAGCAUUGAAAAUCCAAAUGCAACGCAAUAUAAUAUCCUCCUUGUCAUCCACGAGAAAGUGCAGGUUUCGGAUGCAACCCCGGAAUACUCGAUGCUGGACGCCUUCGCGAACCCGGACCUCGAGCUGGUUCCGUACCCACUGAGUAACUUGAACUUGCUGGAGUGCAGAACGACACGUGAUACAGAUCGAUCUUCAAGUAGUACCACCCUUGAGCAAGAGAUCGGCGUCGGCAAGCACGCGGUCGUUGCAGUAGCGACAGGUGAAGAAGCACUAGAGGAUUCAGCAUCUUUCUCAAGGACCCUUCCUUCUCUCUUCCAGAUCGCCUUCCGUCGUGCGCUCGGCUUGGAACCAGCGGAAUCUCUACUUUUACCAGACGCACGACCCGACGGCGCACGGAUAUUAGCAACGCCGCAGGAGCAGGGUGGGGAACGACCCCUGAUGCUAGACUUCCUGGCAAAUAACGUAGCUCAUCCCCACGAAGUAGAUGACCAGGCGCUGGACGACUUUCCCGAUGACAGCGACCUCAGUCCGCAGACGGGGACGCACGUGUUGCAGCGACUUUUCAACAAGAACUACGCAGACAACGGUAUAAUUUCCCCGACGCUUCGGCUCCACCAAGCCGCCACGGGGAACAAUAAAGCAACCGGAGCAGGUGCUGCAAUAACGGCCGCCGAUCGUGAUUCGCUGGAGGAAUCCGCGCAGGAGCUUCGGCAACGGCACCUGUACACGGAGAGCCACUUGAAAAAAUUGGAGGAGCGGGCGAACAAGGAGCGCAGCGAGCGCCAGAAGGCGAUGGACGAGUUCGUGCGGAUUCACGACAAUGUGGAAUUGCCGCAGACCCUCCGAGACGCGUCCAAUUCCCUGGUGCAAAGUCUGGAGCCGAAGAGCUACCUCGCCAACGAGCGGAAUCUCGUACAGUGGAUCGAGUUGUCGGUUCUGGUACUCGGAUCGGGCUGUUUACUUCUAUCGACGGCGGACGACUUGGGCGAAAAUAGUCUACCCCCCGCCCCCGGCGCCCCGGAGUCCUUAGCGGAGCAGAUCUUCGGGCGCAGCCACGCGGAGAAACACGGGGAGCGGUUUUGGGACUAUUUAAUUGGGCACAUGUUGAUCGUGCUGGCGUUUUGCCAGUUGUGGGGCGGCUUAUUUUUGUACUACAAACGGGCGGAGGCGAUUCGGACCAAUUUCUUGGACGCAAGAUGGUUCGAAACGAAACUUGGGCCCCUGGUGUCGGCAGUUUGCAUCGUGGUUGCGUUGGUCGCGCAUUUGCUCACUGCGAAGUAAUUUUAUUUCAAGCGUGGUUGAAUAGAGAACAUUUUGAUUUUGCGGC